AACUCAGUUGCCCAAUGGGAAGGGCGGAUUCUGGUGACUACAACGAAGUCCACUUACUUUUCUGGAAGCUUGGCGCCUAGUAAACUAGCUGAACUGUGGAGGAAUCGGUGGGGAUUCGAAUGUUGGUGGACCGUUCAGUCCUCUCUCACCACUGACAGAGUCCAUCGCUCAAACGGCAAUUGACCGCGUUCGGUGCCCAGCCAGCGAAGCGGGAGCCAUGCCUGUCCCCGCUGGAUACACCAGCGACUCCCCCGCUAAGGCCUUCGCAUCCUCGGCCUCUCUUAUCCCACCGCCUCCGAUAAACACCCAGCAGCCCGGCGUUGUCACUUCGCUGCUGUACAGCGGCUCUAAGUUCAGGGGCCACCAAAAGAGCAAAGGGAACUCUUACGACGUGGAGGUUGUUUUGCAGCAUGUCACCAUGGAGGAUUCCUACCUGUGUGGCUACCUGAAAAUAAAAGGACUGACCGAGGAAUACCCAACCCUGACCACGUUCUUCGCUGGAGAGAUCAUCAGCAGGAAGCGGCCGUUUCUCACCCGGAAAUGGGAUGCAGAUGAAGAUGUGGAUCGUAAGCACUGGGGCAAGUUCCAGGCCUUCUACCAGUAUGCAAAGACAUUUAACUCGGAUGAUUUUGACUACGAGGAUCUGAAGAACUCUGACUUUAUUUUCAUGAGGUGGAAGGAGCAGUUUCUGGUCCCUGACCACACAAUAAAAGACAUCAGCGGAGCUUCCUUUGCCGGAUUCUACUACAUAUGCUUCCAGAAAUCCACAGCAACAAUCGAGGGCUACUACUACCACAGGAGCUCUGAAUGGUACCAGUCUCUAAACCUCACCCACGUUCCCGAGCACAGCGCUGCCAUCUAUGAGUUCCGGUGACCCUGGCCGGCAUCGUGGAUCUGUUUUUAUUUGAUGGACAGAGACUUAAGGCAAAAGCAGAGGUCUGCAGAUGCUACCGAGAAGGAGAAAGAGAACGACUACGGAUACGAAUUUGGGCUUUGGAGAAGUGCAAACUCAUACAUGUUCCCAAUAGGUGGACGGACAGCUGAUUGACCAGGGGACGGGAUAUCAGGCAAAUGAAUGUAUGGAUUAGAAGAGAAGGAGGAAAGGAAGAAAAGUGCAGUUCUUCCCGGCUGGAGCGUGUAAAGUUAGAAUCAGCAGCAGAGACUGGGUGUGGCUCACGAAGUGUACCCCUUUUUUUCCCCCUUUUGUUUUAACAACGCUUGGCGCAGUAUCUCGAGACAUUUUAUAAGCUGAGUUGGGAAUUCCCCCUCCACGUCUCCAGCUGUCAUCCAGCCGAUGCCGAGGGAUCAACACGAACACACAUCUGACUACCGGACAAGGAUUCCUCUGAGGAAUAUGCUCUCAUUAACACAAUGUCUAAAGAAGUAAAUUGCCAAGUCUGUAUGAAGGACAAGUUUGGGUUUAUCAAUGAUUGGAGCUUUAAUCAGCCUAUAAGCUAGAUUGACAGUAUUCCUUGAUUUCUUUUUUCAAAACUAAGAUGGUUCUUUGUCUGCCUGCCAAGAAGAUAUUUUAUUUUACUAAGUGAUGGACACACAGGGGCACUUUUAAAGGCUGCAAAUGGGAGAGACACACAAAAAGAGGACCCCUGUCCCCAUCCCCUGUGUUCAUACAACUGCUUGGGAGAUAAUUAUCACAUGUGAUUGCUGUGGAUCUUGUUCUAUUGAGUUACUUUUGCACAAAGAUGGACUAUAUGUUACUAAUGUUUGUGGUCAGGAUUUUACACCCACACGUCCAGUACACAAGGUGACCGGUCACGUUUUUAAUGGUUUGACUGUUGUGGGGAGUUUGGAGCCAAAACACUCACAGAAAAGUAUUGAAAAAUAGAGUAUUUUUACCCUGCACUCUGCAUUUAACAAAGAGCUUUUUACUUCCCUAUGUGUCAUUUUAAAUUAAGAUCCCCGCUGUCCCUACAUUUCUGUCUCUUCAACUAUGCAACACUUUCAACAUAGCACUCUUCAGACAGAAAACCUUCAGUUUUCAGAGACAUUUUAUUCUAUCCCUAUAGUAUAUAAAGAAAAGAAUCUAUCUUCAUUAAAGGAAAUAUUUUUAAUAAAUUGCCUGUGGAAACACUCCUUAAUCAUGUUCCCCUUUCAUGUGAUGGUGCCAUCAUGCUAAAGCUCAUCAGAGUUGUAUUCUAACAGAUUGUUUGAGAAUAAGCCUGGAUUUGAUUGACGGUGUGAUUGUAAAGAAUGGUAAAUGGAUUUAAAAAAAAAAAAAAAAAAUCAUAUUAACAGCUUUCA